AUGGCCUCAACUCGAUCCCGCCCGCGCCGAGCAGCACCCAAAAAGUCUUCACCCCAAGCCUCCGUACCUACAACCAACAUAUCAAGAAAGAGACGUCGUACGAAUGACGCUCCUGAUGAAGAAAACUCUAUUGAUGGCCCUCUCGAUGCCCCGGACUCCAAUGCGAACCUAGACUCUUCUACCAUCCCUGAUUCACGCCUUGAGCCCAAUGAGUUCACUCCUCUCAAUGAUCUCCCUACCCUUACCAAUCAAACAGACCCUACUAUCAUUCGAAAAUGGCCACAGUCUCGCUGUAAGGAAGAGCUAGCCAAGAUGCGCCCAAAAGCAAACAAAUCAAUAUCAGAUCUGGUCCAAACGGAAAUAUUUGCUGCCUUUCAAAAGUGGGAGCAUACCAAGUUGAUGAUUUGUCUAGCUUCUAAUAUCACCCUACGGAUGUUCAACAAGGAAAUUGGCCUACUUUCACCAUCUCGGAAAACUAGCGACUAUGUUAACUACCUUCAAUUUUCCAAGAAGAACCAUUCUGAAAUCAUGCCCCAGCCUUCCGAUGAUCCGGAGUCCGUACAACAACUUGUUGAACGGAACAAGCGGGUUGGACACGGGUGGUCAGAGUUAAAUCCAGACGAACGAGGUGUUUUUGGUACUCGAAUCAUGUUAGCAUUGGCUGGCAUACCUGAUUUUGCUGCUGAACACGACAUUGAAGACGGUGAAGAAGAUACUGAUGGGGACAAGGUGAUUGCUGUGCCGGAGGUUACUAAGCUGACAUCCGACGAAGAAGAAUUGUACCGCCCACUGUACGAGAAACUUGUCGAUCAUGAUGUGCUCGUUUCAAAGCUUGGGACGGCUGUGCCUGGAAUUACUGAUAAACAGUUUAGCCGUCGGUCUCUUCGAAGUAUACAGAAAAUCAAUCAGAGUCUUAACGCUGAAUCCCAUCGUCAAGAAUUUGACUACUGGCUUGUUGCUGCCAGUACAGUACCACCUCUCAACCCCGGUCUAACUGGAUGGUGUAAGGUCUAUACAUCGAUGCCAGUAAUGUCAAAAUAUGUCACCAUCAAAGCCAAUUUUCCAUCGGUAUUUGCGGCUGUUGCUCAAGGAACUUCGAUCAUCAAUGCAGUUUCCAAUUGUGCAGGUGCCAACAAACCAGUCCAGCCUGUCGUGAAUUCUACGGAUCAGGAAAAAAAAAGAAUUAGAGGUGUAUUACUAGAGCAUCUAACUUCAGUCAAAGUAGUUGGCAAAAAACCUCGACAAGGAUUCCCACAAGGCGAAGAUCCUCAAACCAUCUUCAUCCAACGGGGUAUCCCGGCCCGCUUACAGCUCGACAAUGGCUCACUACUUACUCCAUCUGACUUGAAGCUUGGAUUUCUGAAGAUGAAUGCAGAGGGACGCCGCAAGUGGGAGAAAGAUGUUGAAACCUCGAAAUUUCGCUUUAUUUACGACGAUUCCAAACUUGGGGAAUGCCGAGAAGAGGGUGAAGAAGAGAUUCAAAGGCAAGAACAAGAACUUGAAGAAGAACUCCGCCGAGCUUCGGAUCGGUCAGAAGAUGAAGAAUCAGGGCCAAGGCAGAAGUCAUCUCGAUCAAAACGAUCUCAAAAUCGCACUCUUCAGAACGCUCAACCCGCUCAACAAACCUUGACUCAAGCAUCUGAAGAAGAAAAUAAUAAUGCAACAUCAACUCAGGUUGCAGGCUCACAAUCCACUCAAGAUGUCCCUAAUUUGAAUGCUGGGGAGUCCUAG